GUGGAAAUAUAAAAGUGUAAUACAUAGCCUAAAAAGAAAAACAACUGUGACCGGUUUCUACCUUUCCAUACCUCUGUGAAGAUAAAGUUCCCAAGAUAUUUGCUUCCAUUUUCCAAGAUUUCUUCAAUCAAUCAACACAAAAAGUGAGCAGAAGUGUGUAAGAAGGAUGGGUGGGUUCGAUAUGGAAUCGUUGGUGGAUGCAACAGCAGGUGCCAUUGGAUCUCUUGCUAGCACUACUAUCUUGUACCCUUUAGACACCUGCAAAACCAAGUACCAAGCUGAAUUACGUACUCCCCAUCUCAGAAAAUACAGGAACCUUAUGGAUGUUCUUUGGGAAGCAAUUUCCAAACGUCAGGUUCUUUCAUUGUUUCAAGGGCUAGGGACAAAGAACCUGCAGUCGUUUAUAUCAUCAUUUAUAUACUUUUACGGAUACAGCUUCUUUAGGAAGAUGUACAUUGAGAGAUCUGGAUAUAAGUCUAUAGGGACCAAAGCUAACUUGCUUAUUGCUGCUGUUUCUGGCGCUUUUACCGUUGCAAUAACACAGCCGUUGGAUACAGCUGCGUCAAGGAUGCAAACAAGUGAUUUUGGCAAAUCUAAAGGGCUAUGGAAGACCCUUUCAGAGGGAACGUGGGGAGAGGCGUUUGAUGGACUUGGGAUUUCGAUUCUGCUUACAAUAAAUCCUGCAAUCCAGUACACUGCAUUUGAUCAAUUGAAACAAAGACUGUUGGAGGGGCAGCAAGGUAACCCACAACAACUUUCUGCCCUUACUGCUUUUCUGUUAGGGGCAGCCUCAAAGUGUGCUGCUACCUGCUUGACUUACCCAGCUAUCAGAUGCAAGGUGAUGAUUCAGGCUGCGGAAUCUGAGGACGACACAUACGAGGAAGCAGAAGUGAAGGCAAGAAAAACGGUAUCCGGGGCACUGUAUGCUAUAUGGAAAAAGGAAGGAUUACUCGGAUUCUUCAAAGGUUUAAAAGCUCAGAUCCUUAAAACGGUGCUAAGUGCGGCUUUUCUUUUAAUGAUAAAGGAAAAGAUCACAAAGAGUACAUGGGUAUUGUUCAUGGGAAUAAGGAGAUUCUUGUUCUUAAGCAGAAGCAGGUUAAAAAGCAGUUAAAUCAGUUGGAUUCUUGAUUGUAAUAAGGACCAAAUGUGGUCUAGUCAAGUAUGAUUUUUUUUUUUUUUUGUUUUUAAAACUUUGUUCCAAACAUUACAUUCUUGGUUAGGUGUAUUGUUUGUGUGCAUUUUUAUUAUAUAUUAAAUUUG